AAAAUUAUGGCCUUUUUCUUGUAAUGAAGCAAAAUUGAUACAUUUUUUUAGAUGAGACAUCUUGUUACAUCAAAGAAGUUUCUAAUUAGAAAAAAGGUGGAUGAUAUACUAAAUAUACUUUUUCCAAAAGCAUGGAUACCAUUAUAUACUAUGGUUACUUUCUCAAAACUUCGCUACUCACACUGCAUAGGUCGGAAACAGAUGCAAGACAAAAUUUUAGCUACAUUUUUAUGGUCUGUUGCAGUAAUUGGAUUUUCAAUUAUUAUAGGAGUAUUUACAAGAAUAAACAGCUGAAAGAGAUAUUUAUAGUGGGUGAUUAAAAUAUACUUUUUAUACAGCAAUGUAAUCUCAGCCACUUUAAUAUUUUUUAUAUAUAAAAUAUUAUUUCAAAUAAAAUCUUAAAUUAUUUACA